UCUCUGAUUUCUUGAGCCCUCAUUCUCUGUAAACAAAUCCCUCUGAUUUCUUAAACCCUAGCGCCUAGGUGGAGACACAGUCAGCGAGAUCAUCUAGCUCUAUCUUUCGUCAGCAAGAACAAGUUCUCGCACCACUGAUCGCCCACUCCUUUUCCCACCUGUUGCCUAAUUGCAUAUGCGCUGAAAUGGCUAAUAACCCUCAGUCCUCAGCUGCGCAGCCAUAUCGGCCUCCUCCAGUUGCUUCCUUGGGUCCUCAAAGUUUUGGUUCAUCCCCAUCUCUUCAAUAUCGACCAGUGGUUCCAACACAGCAAGGACAACAGUUUAUUCAAUCAGCCUCCCAACAGUUUCAGCCUGUGGGACAAGGUAUUCCUCCUUCAAAUGUUGGGAUGCCUGCUAGUCAAAGUCAGCAAUUACAAUUUUCUCAACCAAUGCAACCGUAUCCUCUCAGGCCAAGUCAGCCUGGUCAUGCUACACCUUUGUCACAGGCUUUGCCUAUGCAAUACAUGCAGACGAGGCCUAUUACAUCUGUCCCAUCACAGUCUCAGCAACCUGCCCUGCCUUUUAAUAAUCAGAUGCCUGGCUUAGCUGGUGGCGGAAUGCCUUAUUCUUCAUCAUAUAUGUUCGCACCACCUUCAUAUGCCCAGCCACAAAAUAAUGUCAGUUCUUCGUCCCAGUUUCAGCCAAUGUCUCAAGUGCAAGCACAUGUAUCUGCCACAGGACAGCCUUGGGUGUCCUCUGGUAAUCAGGGUGCAGCAGUUCCUACACCAGUACAGCAGUCCGGUCAACAACCUUCAAGCACUACUUUCACAGAUUCUGCUGUAAAUGUUCCUAGCCAAACACAGCAGUCUUCUUCUGAUUGGCAAGAGCAUACGUCGGGUGAUGGAAGAAGAUAUUAUUUCAACAGAAGAACAAAACAAUCUAGUUGGGAGAAACCUUUAGAAUUGAUGACACCAAUGGAGAGAGCUGAUGCAUCAACUGUUUGGAAGGAAUAUACUUCUUCAGAUGGGAAAAAGUAUUAUUACAACAAAGUUACAAGGGAAUCUAAGUGGACAAUUCCAGAGGAGUUAAAGUUGGCUCGUGAACAGGUUCAAAGAGAACUUGCCCAGGGAACACAUUCAGAAAUGAAUUUGACUUCUCAUGCCCCUCCUGCUGUUGCUUCAGCUGAAACACCUAUGGGAUCUAGUUCAGUUGGCCCCAGCACUUCUUCAGCCCUACCUGGGAUGGUAUCGAGCCCAGUUGCAGUUAUACCCGUGUCUUCCUUUUCUAAUCCUUCCCCCAUUGCGCCUACUGGAUCAUCAGUUGCUUCUGGUGCACAGUCUUCCAUAACAGGUAGCGUUGGCAUUCAGCCUCCUGUGGUGACUGUCACUCCAGUGGCUGCUUCUGUUUCAGGGAGUACUGGAGUUCCUCCUACUUUGGUCAACACCAAUACAAAAUCAGUGAGUACUUAUGAAAAUGUAACAUCUCAAGAAAUUGGAAGUGCAGAUGAUGGAGCUUUUACUCAAGAUAUCGAGGAAGCAAAAAGAGGAAUGGCAGUUGCUGGAAAAGUCAAUGUGACUCCUUCAGAGGAGAAAACAGUUGAUGAAGAACCAUUGGUGUAUGCCAAUAAGCAGGAGGCAAAAAAUGCAUUUAAAGCACUUCUGGAAUCUGCAAAUGUUCACUCCGAUUGGACUUGGGAGCAGACAAUGAGAGAGAUCAUUAAUGACAAAAGAUAUGGUGCUUUAAAAACUCUAGGUGAGAGGAAGCAAGCAUUUAAUGAGUACUUGGGUCAAAGGAAAAAACUGGAGAACGAAGAGAGGCGCAUGAGGCAGAAAAAAGCUCGGGAAGAAUUUUCAAAAAUGUUGGAAGAGUCCAGGGAACUUAUGUCAGCAACCAGAUGGAGCAAAGCUGUCAGUAUGUUUGAAAAUGAUGAACGAUUCAAGGCUGUAGAACGAGCGAGGGACCGGGAAGAUCUUUAUGAGAGCUACAUUGUAGAAUUGGAGAGGAAGGAAAAAGAAAAGGCGGCUGAAGAGCACAAGCAGAAUAUUGCAGAGUAUAGAAAAUUCCUGGAAUCUUGUGACUUUAUCAAGGUGAACAGCCAGUGGCGGAAAGUUCAAGAUCGCUUAGAGGAUGAUGAGAGAUGCUUGCGUCUUGAAAAACUUGACAGGUUGCUCAUUUUCCAGGACUAUAUUCGUGACCUUGAGAAGGAAGAAGAGGAGCAAAAGAAGAUACAGAAGGAACAAUUGAGGCGGGUUGAGAGGAAAAACCGCGAUGAGUUUCGAAGGCUGAUGGAAGAACAUGUUGCCGACGGUAUUCUUACAGCUAAAACUCACUGGCGCGAUUACUGCAUGAAGGUUAAAGACCUGUCUUCGUAUGAAGCUGUUGCAUCUAAUACCUCUGGUUCAACACCAAAAGAAUUGUUUGAGGAUGUUGCUGAAGAAUUAGAGAAACAGUAUCAUGAAGAUAAAGCUCGGAUAAAGGAUGCAAUGAAGUUGGGGAAGGUUACCUUGGCUUCUACACUGACAUUUGAAGAAUUUAAGGUUGCUAUUUUGGAAGAUAUUGGUUUCCCAUCAAUAUCAGACAUUAACUUUAAGCUUGUAUAUGAGGAAUUAUUAGAGAGGGCCAAGGAGAAGGAGGAGAAAGAAGCAAAGAAGCGUCAACGACUAGGUGACGACUUCAAUAAGCUAUUGCACACAUUCAAGGAAAUAACUGCUGCUUCUAAUUGGGAAGAUUGCAAACACCUUUUUGAAGAAACCCAAGAAUACAGAUCAAUUGGGGAAGAGAACUUUAGUAGGGAAGUUUUUGAGGAAUAUAUUACAAACUUACAGGAGAAGGCUAAAGAGAAAGAACGCAAGCGAGAGGAGGAAAAGGCUAAAAAAGAGAGAGAGAGAGAGGAGAAAGAGAAGCGUAAGGAUAAAGAGAGGAAGGAGAAGGAGAGAGAACGUGAAAAAGAAAAGGGGAAAGAACGGUCUAAGAAGGAUGAAACAGAUAGUGAAAAUGUAGACGUAACUGAUAGUCAUGGUCAUAAAGAAGAUAAGAAAAGGGAGAAAGACAAAGAUAGAAAGCACCGGAAGCGGCAUCAAAGUUCCAUGGAUGAGGUAGGUUCUGAUAAGGAGGAGAAAGAAGAGUCUAAGAAACGCAGACAUAGUAGUGACCGCAAAAGAUCAAGAAAACAUACACCUGAAUCUGACAGUGAAAGUCGGCAUAGAAGACACAAGAGAGAGCAUCAGGAUGGUUCCCGUCGAAAUGUUGGAUAUGGGGAACUUGAAGAUGGGGAGGUUGGUGAAGAUGGGGAAAUUCAGUAGCCCUGCUGUUCUAUUUUUACAGUGCUGUGAAUUUUGUGGCUCUGCGAGAUGUAAGCAUAUUAUGGUUUAAACGUUCCAAAUAUAACCAAUUCUUUUUAGGAGUUCUUAUGGUUAUACACUGGAAAUUUGAUAGAUCACAUGAUGCUUCUGUUAAUUAUGAAGGAAUAAUUAAUACGUUAA